UUAUUUAUAGAUGCUUAUGGGUCAUCACAGUACUCUCUUUCUCGACGCUGGUGUCCUACCCGAGCAUUGCCGCGAAAGAUUGGGUUAGGUGGUGUUUUGGGAAGAAAGAAAAAGGAGUAGCAGAAGGGCACUCCUCUGCUCCCUUUCUCCCCGCUCUCCUAAUCCAUGGGCCCCCGGAAGCGUAACCCUCAGCAGCGACCGACCCGCCCCGCAUCCGACGCCCCCGCCCCCGCCGCCGCCGCCCCCGCCGCCGCCGCCGCUGACGCCGACGUCUCCCCCUCCCCGGCUGCCGACGCCGGUCUCCAAUCCGUUCACAAGGAAGCGCCUCUUACUGCUGCGACUGCGACUUCGACUGCGGCUUCGGCGGCGGACGAGGUUCCCGCCGCCGUGAAGGCGGAGUGUGAGCGGGCGCUGACCGCCCUCCGGCGAGGGAACCACAAGAAGGCCCUCCGGUUGAUGCGGGACGCGUGCCUCCAGCACGAGUCCUCCCCGCUCCUCCACCGCGUCCACGGCACCGUCCAGGUGAAGGUCGCAGCUCUCCUCGACGAUUCCAAUGCGAAGCUGCGGCACCUCCGCGCCGCCAUCGACUCCGCCCGCCGCGCCGUCGCCCUCUCCCCCUCCUCCAUCGAGUUCGCCCAUUUCUACGCGAACCUCCUUUACGAGGCCGCCACCGACGGCCGCGGCUACGAGGAGGUCGUCCAGGAGUGCGAGCGCGCCCUCAGCAUCCUGGAUCCCAUCGACCCCGCCCGCGAGAGCCUCCACGACGAGGCCGCCCAUAAGCUCUCCUCUCCCGAGGCCCGGAUCGACCAGGUCCGCCAGGAGCUCCGCGCUCUCAUCCAGAAGUCCAACAUCGCCUCCAUCUCCACCUGGAUGAAGAACCUCGGCGGUGCCGCCGGCGAGGAGAAGUUCCGCCUCAUCCCCAUGCGCCGCCUCUCCGACGACCCUAUGGAGGUCCGGGUCGUCCCCGCUGCUCGCCGGCCCAACGAGAUCAAGAAGGCUACCAAGACCCCCGAGGAGCGCCGCAAGGAGAUCGAGGUCCGCGUCGCUGCUGCCCGCCUGCUCCAGCAGCGUUCCCCGCAGUCCGGGGGCGAGGACGACGCCCGUGCCGUAGACUCCCCGGCGUCCUCCUCAUCUUCGAUAGGUCACCGGCUGGCCGAGCGCCGCAAGGCAAACUCCCGGAAGCCUGCCUCCUCGACCGACCGGGUGGAUCAGGUCCGGGCGUACUGGAAGUCGAUGAGCAUUGAGAAGCGGCUGGGAUUCCUUGUGGUCAGCAUCCCAGAGCUCCGGGCGCACUAUGCCUCGUUAUCGCCCAAGGACAGCUUCGCCUCCGGCAUCCUCUCGGAGGCUCUGUCCUUUGCAGAGGCCAACGGGGCGUGGAGGUUCUGGCUCUGUUGCUGUUGCGACGAGAAGUUCACGGAUUGCGAUUCCCACAUGCAGCAUGUGGUGCGGGAACACAUGGGCAGCCUCUUGCCGAAGCUGCAGUCGGUGCUGCCCCAAGAAGUUGAUGGAGAGUGGAUAGAGAUGCUUGUCAAUGGGUCCUGGAAGCCCAUCGAUGCCUCUGUUGCUGCGCAAAUGCUUGAAGAGGAGCAGCUGAAGUGCCGCUCGGUUGUCAAGGAUGUAGACUUGGAUACUGGCAGCAAGGAUAAGCACUGCAUAUCAGAGUAUUGGAGUGCGAGAGAAAAGUUGGACUCGUCUCCUUCAUCCCUGCGUGGAUGGUCGAAUGGCCAGGAUGCUUGCAAUGGGUUUACCAUGGAAGGAAGGAAUGGCGAUGCGUCCAACUUUGAUGACGUCUCCCAAAGAUGGCCUUUAUGUGAUGAUAUGGAGAGGGGCAAGCUUCUGGAAAGAAUUCAAGGCAUGUUUCAGUUGCUUGUCAAGCAUAAGAGCCUCUCUGUGAGCCAUGUGAACAAGGUGAUACAGUUCGCCAUGGAAGAGAUCCAAGGCUUCCAGUCUGGUUCGCUGCUGCUUAGCCACUCUUUGGACCAGUCACCUCUUUGUAUUUGCUUCUUGGGUGCUUCACAGCUCCAAAAAAUCCUUAAGUUUUUGCAGGAGUUGUCACAGUCGUGUGGGUUAGGGAGAUACUCUGAGAAGGAUAGCAAUGCUGGUGAUGCAGAUAUUGCUGGGCAGGGGAGUGAAGUUCUUGAUGCAAUCACUCUGAAUUGUGACUCAUCCAAUCUCCUUCUGGAUGGUCGUUCAUUCAGUGGAAAGAUUGGUUCUGGAAAUGCUGAUAAUUGUGGCUCUGAUGAAGGUACAGAAAGUGCGCCUGACACUAAUGCUCUGUUUUCCUGGUUAUUUGCUGGUCCUUCGAGUGGGGAGCAACUGUCAGCUUGGACUCGUAUGCGAAAGGAGAAAUCACAUCAGGGUAUGGAAAUCCUUCGGAUGCUCGAGAAGGAGUUCCACCUCUUGCAAAGCAUGUGUGAGAGGAAAUGUGACCAUCUAAGCUAUGAGGAGGCUCUGCAAACCGUGGAAAAUCUUUGCUUUGAAGAGCUCAAGAGAAGGGAGCAUGCUGGGAAGCUUGUGUCUCAAAGUUAUGAGGCUGUUCUGAGGAAGCGGCGAGAAGAGCUUGUUGAAAGGGAGAACGAUGAGAUGUUCAUCAGCAGUAGAUUUGAAUUGGAUGCCGUCUCUAAUGUUCUUAAGGAGGCACAAGCUCUGAAUGUCCCGCAAUUUGGGUAUGAUGAUACUUUGUCUUGUAUGACAUCUCGUCUCUGUGAUCUGGACUCUGGUGAAGAUGAUGAUUGGAGAACGCAUGACUACUUGCAUCAGACAGACACUUGCAUAGGUGUAGCUAUUCAAAGACAGAAGGAGCAAUUAUCUGUCGAGCUUAACAAGAUUGAUGCACGGAUCAUGCGAAGCGUCACUGGCAUGCAGCAGUUGGAGCUCAAGCUUGGGCCUGCCUCUAUGUUUGAUUAUCGGAUGGUUGUUCUGCCUCUUGUAAAGUCUUUCUUGCGGCUGCACUUGGAGGAUCUGGUGGACAAAGAUGCUGCAGAGAGGUCUGAUGCUGCAAGAGAAGCUUUUCUGGCAGAACUUGCACUGGAUGCUAAGAAGAAUGUUAAUAAAGGAGGUGAUCCGAAACAAACAAAUGAGAAGUCAAAGGACAAGAAGAAAAACAAAGAUUAUAAAAAGGCCAAGGAUACAAAGGCUGUGAGCUCUAAUGAUCAGCGGCCAUUUUAUCAGAAAACUGCAGAGAAAUCACUCUGCUUGGAGGCAAGGGAGAUUGGAAUAAAGAAGCAGACUAUUUUAUCGAAGCAAGACAAUGAUUUUUUGUGCUCCAUAAAUGAGAUCAGUGAGUUUCUUGCUGAUGGUGACCUUUUGGAGCCUGAACACAUGGUAACUGGUGAUCACUUGAAACAAAAUGAAGAGGAAUUUAGGUGUAGGGUGGAACUCGAGGCAGAGGAAAAAAAGCUUGAGGAAACUUUGGAGUACCAAAGGCGCAUUGAAGAUGAGGCCAAGAAAAAACACCUUGCGGAGCAGUUUAAGAAUGUCACCAUGUUCCCCAAAAAUGUAGUAGAAGAACCAGGUGCUAUUAAUUCAAACCCUAGUUUGGACUAUCUGGCCAGAUUACAUGAUAAUAUUCCUCCAGCUUGCCUAGAAGGCAUAGGUUUUGGUGAUUUUCAUUUCUCAGAAGAAGCCAUGCACAAGGACCAUCAAAGUGUUAAGUUCAACCAGUCUAGAAAUAAAUUUUGUAGGCUGGAUCAGAGGCUAAAUUCAGAAGCACAGCAGUUUAGUGGUGACUAUAGUGAGAAAUGCCAUGAAACUAAAACUGAUGAUGUACAACCUUUUGGCCAGGACAACGGAAUUCCAAACAAAGGGAGCUUGAAAUUGGGUGGAAUGGAGAAAAAUGCAUGGCCUGUAAAAUCUUUCAACAAUUCUUGCCCUCAAAACAUCAAGAAGACCAACAGCCAAUCUCAUUUUAAACACAAGCAAGGCACUAUGGGAGCUGUACAUGAUGGUUUUGUGCCUACUAAUCAACAGACUGAUAGGCAGGCUCCUAGAAGAAAUAGCUCUGUGAAAUUGCUUGAUGGAAACUCCAGAGCUUUGCCAUAUGCAAAAGAAAAUCGAGUGCAUUUACGGUAUCCAAACGAAGUGAAUUAUGGAGACCAUACUCCUGCCAUGAGUCUGGAUAAUGCACAACUUGACCACAGAGAUAAUGGAACAGAGACGUUGAGACCAUUGCAUACUGAACUGGAUGACGAAGAGAGGUUCCAAGCGGACCUAAAAAAGGCUGUACGUCAAAGCCUUGAAAACGAUUGUGGCGCUUCUAGUACUGAAACUGCAAGUAUUCCAAGCAGAAAAGAUAUAUUUGGAACUGGCCUGAAAAAUGCAGUUGGUGAAUACAAUUGCUUCUUGAAUGUAAUUAUUCAGUCAUUGUGGCAUUUAAGACGAUUUCGAGAUGAGUUCCUCAAAACAUCAUCAAUGCAUGUGCAUGUUGGAAAUCCUUGUGUUGUCUGCGCACUAGAUGAUAUUUUCACCGCUUUGACCAAAGCAUCUGAGGAGGGACAGAGAGAAGCUGUUGCACCUACUUCUCUACGGAUUGCUUUGAGCAAUUUGUAUCCUGAUAGCAAAUUCUUUCAGGAGGCUCAGAUGAAUGAUGCUUCUGAGGUUUUAGCAGUAAUCUUCGAUUGCUUGCAUAAGUCGUAUACAUCUUCUGGUGAAUGUGAUGCUGAAUCACUUGAAAGUAAUAGCGUGGGUUCAUGGGACUGUGCAAAUAAUUCUUGUAUAGUACAUUCCCUUUUCGGAAUGGACAUAUAUGAACAGAUGAACUGUUACAGUUGUGGCAUGGAGUCCAGGCACCUGAAGUAUACUUCAUUUUUCCAUAACAUUAAUGCAAAUUCACUAAGAACAACGAAGAUUAUGUGUCCAGACAGUUGUUUUGAUGAGCUUUUGAAGAUUGUGGAGAUGAAUCACCAGUUAGCUUGUGAUCCAGAUGCACGAGGUUGUGGAAAACCAAAUUAUAUUCAUCAUAUUCUUUCAAGUCCACCACAUGUUUUUACAACCGUCCUAGGUUGGCAGAAUACAAAUGAAAGCGUAGAUGACAUAUCUGCAACUUUGGCAGCUAUUACUAUUGAAGUAGACAUUGGUGUCCUCUACCGUGGUCUAGAUCAAGGAAGCAAACAUUCCCUGGUUUCAGUGGUCUGUUAUUAUGGUCAACAUUAUCACUGCUUUGCAUUUGAGCAUGAACAAUGGGUUAUGUAUGAUGACCAGAUGGUCAAGGUGAUUGGUGGUUGGAACGAUGUUAUUAGCAUGUGUGAAAAGGGACAUUUGCAACCGCAAGUUCUUUUCUUUGAAGCUGUCAAUUAGUUGAUUCUUGCAAGUAGAUAUACCUGAAAAUAGAUGGUCAUCAUAAAUCUCUGCUUUUCAGCUGCUGUUUAUGAUCACAUCAUCUAGGUGCUAUAUGGAUAGAUUGGCAUACUGUUUGUGCCUUUGAUCAUCAGAAUGAGCUUGGCCAAAUUUCACUAGUAUGCUCUGGUGAUCACAUGAAGUGCUGGUGCAUCAAUAGAUCAGCUUUUCUGGUUUUGCAGUGCUCCUUAACUACCACAAGCAUAAGAAAAUUCUUCAUGGACAACAAUGAUUCAGGAAAUCGAUACUGAAGGAACAAGUAGUUUCCUCCUUUUUACAAGUUAAAAGUCAGCUUCUCAUCCAUGAAAAAGGCUUUGUUUUUUCUUCAAUAAGGUGGUACAUAUAUAGGACUAUGAGUUAGCCUUAUUUAUACCAUCUUGAGGUUGAAGGUUACUAAUUGCAGGCAAGACCUGCUCAAUUUGAUAUAGUUCAUAAGUAGUUGUUGUUCAAUCUAUACCUCUGAGUUGAAGUGCAAUCUUGUGCAUAUAAUUUGUACCCCACCAAAAAUCCUUAUUCUGAUUUUUCUGUGCAUAAUGAGGAUGCCAAUGGAAAAUGUAAUGCUUCCUGAUUCAUCCUCCACUGAAAUACUUUGAGAAUUAUGGUGAUUUGAUUAGCUCACUACCAGACACUGGGGAAACUAAGGAGCAUUUACUUUUUCCUUUGGCUUGUACCUCAGUGGAGUGGCAACAUUGUGAAGUAUUUAUUACAUGAUGAGAAGAAUCAUAAGAAUGGUUGGCUUUUCAUAUUCUCCUAGAAGCCUUUUUUUGAGAAAGCUCUUAGAAAUCAAUUUUUGUUUAUUUUUAUGUUUUAGGGGCAGUGAAGAUGUGAUGAUGAUGAUGAAAAAGGUUGGUGCAGUAAUUGGCUUUUCAUGUUCUUUUAAAAGUUCAUCUUUAUUGCUCUCUUUUAUUUGUGGAAGAGUUUGAUGCAUGUUUUUUUCUUGCCAAAUAAUAGGUUGUUUUAAGAUUUCCAAUAUAUGGUUCCAUAUUUGUAAUAUGUGCAAAUGUAAUAAAGCUAUAGGUAAGGGCAACAAGUAUUGUUCUCUGUAUUAUUGAUUUUUAUUUCUGAAUUCUGAUAACCAUGGCAACCCCAUCAUCUGGCACUGGUA